UAAUUACAAUAUCUAAACUGAUACAAUAUAUUAGGUUAUAGCAUGGGAGAAUGGAUGGAGAAAUAUAACAAUGCUGAAAGACAACUCGAUCACUACCGCAUGCAAGCUACUAAAAUAAGCCGAAUUGUGCCCCAAAAGAUAAGAGAGCUUGAAGAGCAGGUUGAGAUUGCUCAACAGAAGCUAGAGGUAGAGGAGAAGAACAGUCGAGUUAUAAAGCAGCAGAUGAAUGACAACCUAGCGUUGCACCACGAAGCGCUGGACCGUCACGACGUUAUCACGGCUAAAUUACGUGCACAAAACACACAACUCAGAGAAGAGCUGACGGAGAAGAAUAAUGUUAUUCUGGCUUUAGAGGAGGAGAUAGAAGCUCUGCGGAUACAACGAAAACGGGACGAAGAUUCUGUGAGCCAGAAAGUGAAGUUGAUAAAGGAGCACAUACACAAAUCUAUAAGGAGUUUAGAGAUUGAGAAUAUUCGGUUAAAACGCCAAGUAGAGCAAGUUGAGAAUGGGAAGAUUGCGGAGUUGAACACUGAGAUUGAGAGACUGAAGGAGAUAAACAGAGUCCAGGCUUGCAAUAGAAUAGCUAUUUUUGAGGAGGCUUACAAAAAGUGCUGCAGAGAUUUCAACCUGGGCUCACCCAAGAUGAGUAAUAAUAAUGGUAACCAUAGCAACAGCAACCUUGCUCAACCCUUCUCACCUAUCUACCAGCACACAUCUUCUGUAAGUUCCCAAGACCCACUCUACACGUCAAUUAGUCCUGACGAUAAUAACGUGAAGUCACCACAACAACGCGUGACGUCACCACAACACCGCGUGACGUCACCACAACACCACUUGACGUCACCACAUGUGUCAUCCCCACAACAUGUACCAGCUUCCCCUGGCAACCAUUUCAAUCAGAUUUUGAACCAGAUUCCUCUAUCCCCGCUGCACCGGUCCCACAAUGAGUCGCCUCCCCUUCCUCCCCGACGUACCAGUGCCUCCAAGUGCAGUACAGACGAGAGGAAAAAGAAGACGCCUACUGGAGCUAAUAUGUGUUGCCCUCAGUCCUGCUGCCCUUCCAAUAGUUCCCACUACGAAGUCCAGUACAACAGUAACUCCUCCACCAGCUCUCCUCCACCAAUGUCUCUAAGAGAAGCAGGAGAUGGGAGUGUUAGUAACGACUACGAUGAGAUACCCUGUGAGGGGGUUAGUGAGAUGUACGGGUAUUCUAGAAUGCAGAGUGAUCCUGCUCCUCCUAGCGUCCGACUGCGCUCCAACAGCAAAAACGAUAAAUCGUUGCGCGGCGGGAUUGUGAGAAACGGCUCCAACACCUCGCCUCCCUCUAACUUUGGAAGUGCAUCCACAUUACCCGCUACCCCUACUGCGGGGACCCCUUUACUUGCACACAACUUUCAGAAUAACCCUCGUAUUCACGACAGCAAGAUGUUAACACGUGACCCACUCUCCCCUGGAUGUAAACGUGAACCCUCCCGCUCUAACCCACUACUCCAAUCUCCUUCUAAACACGGCAAACGGAGCUGGGAAACUCUUAUAGACAGCCUCGCUCUUGUGGGAUUCACUGAUGCACUUCCUAACCAGAAAUGUGUGAAGAGCAGUAUAGGUAAACUACCCACCUACACGGUUACAGAACAAGUAUCCUUUACCGACCACCCUUAUGAGCUGCCACCUGGCGAGGACGAGGAUUCUCAGUUGUCUCCGUUAACUCAGCCUGAAGCUGAGACAGAGUUUGAGAGACUUCUCGAAAAGAUGAAGUAUAUGGGCGAGAGCCAGGUAAAGCAAGUGCUGAGCUCCCCGACCCUGUCUCAUAGCUCCAAACCUCUCUCUAACCCACUAACUAACCUCUCCUCUCCUUACCAUACCUCCAUUGCUAUACGCAUCAACAAGACUCUUCACGAGUACGCUGAGAACCCACGGGACCUGUACAACGCAUCACGAACCCUCCUCACCCUGACCAGCGUAGAACUGGUUAACGAACUGUACUGUCAGCUACUGAAACAAACACACAGACAAUCUCGUGAACACCUUGCUUACUGGCAUGUACUGGCUACUGUCAUCCCUUUUAUCACUCCUAAAGGUCGGGUGAUGUCGUAUUUAAAAGCGCACCUGGAGAGGUACUCUGAACAGAAAACUAACGCUGGAAGAUUCGCUGGGUACUGUAUUAAAGUGCUCAAGAGAUGUCUAGGUGGGUUUACGUUUGGUAAGAGACAGCACCACCCCUGUAGGUUAGAGAUAGAAGCUACCUGUGGUAAACCCUACCUCCACAGCAAACCUAUGAGUAUUCCUAUACACUUACCUGGGGGAGACUACCAAGUUACUGGUUUUGAUACAGUUAGCAGCGUAGCAGAAGUGAUAAGGGACGUAGAGUCUCAGCUUGGUCUCCGAAGUUGCAGAUGGAGUGGUUACACGCUAUUUAUGGACGAUCCUAUAAACCCAGGAGUCAAGGUCCCUAUAAACCACUCCUCCAAGAUAUGUGACGUUAUUGCUAAGUGGGAGGGAAAUGUUAAACCUAACAACAACCAGAUACCACAAGUGAUCGGUCUGACAUAUCAGAAGUUUCUGCACCUGACUGCUCAGCACGACUGUGUUUCUCAAGUAGAGUACAAAUUGUCAGCACUGCAUCUCCAUACUCAAGCUAUGCAGGGGGUGCAUGGUAUGGAAAUGGAGCUUGCUACUUGCCUCGGUGCUGUAAUGGCGCAGGCUAUAGAAGGAAACUGUCCUGAGUUUUCGCCGACGAAACCCAACAACGAUACCGUCAACCAACUUUCUGAUUUUAUUGAGAAGUACAUUCCUCCGAACAUAACUGACAGAUGUAAAGAUCCCAAUUCGAAACUUCGACUGGUCAAAGAUUUCGCCGAGAUUUGGUCCAAAUUCAAAGAUGUCUCCAACCAAUUUCUGUUUCAGAAAUAUUACUCUGCUGUAGAACGCUGGAAGUACAACAAAAGUACGCUGUUCAGAGGACUUUACAGUCACCCUAAGGACGGACUGAAAGUAGCAGUCUGUUUAAAUGUCACUGAAACCAGGCUCACCGUCAUCAAUGCAGAUACUUUGGUGAUAAUGGACGCGGUGGAUUUAGAUAAAAUAACAAACUUCGGAGGAUAUCCCUUUUCUAUAACUCUUAGAAUAAACAACAAGAACAUCAGUAUAAUGCUGGUGGACAAACACAAGUGUUACCUGCUAACAGAACUGCUGGCAUCAUACUGCAGACUUACCCACGUGGUUACACGUGACAACUCAGUCUAACUGCAAAACAUUUCCUUGUGUUUGUUAAAUGUCUGAUAAAUCAUCAUCUACGGAACUUUUCCCGGUUACCAUCAAGCCAAGAGUACAGUGGGAAAUUUAACCACUCAAAUUACCAUUGAGAGUUGGAGACAAUUCUUAAAUUCUUGUUUAAUAUAAGUCACGAACUGCCAUUAAAACGUCUAACUUUGAAGCUUUGAGUAUUGUUUGCUUUUGUUUUGAGAAAGAUUAAGGACAAUUUCUUUGCGGUUAUAGGCGAAUAUUGUUUGCGUGACAUUUACGUUUGAGUUCCAUAUUUUAAUCUUACUGCUAGGAACUCUUGUAAGAGUGCCUAACUUGGUAACCUUGGUAGCUUUGGUACUUUGGCGAAAACUUAUCUUGGAAUGCGCGUCUUUGUCGAUUUGUUGAUUUACUAAUUUAUCUAUUAUUGAUUUUAGGUUUUAGGAUUUAGCUUUCAACCUUUUGCAUGUUAUUCUUUAAAAGCUUGAAAUAAACCGGAAGAUAUAAACAUUAAGUACUUCUCUAUUUAUGUUUCUGAUAGGAAAGAUAUUUAAAUCAACUCUAUUUAAUUUGAUCUUCACCAAAUUGCUUGUUUAAUUAAUUGGAUGUUUUAACAAUUAUUAAA